AUGGCUAGCCAAUUCUCCCUUCCCCAGGUUCCUGCGAAACACAAGCAUUUCUUGAACCAUGUUCAAUCUCAUCCCGAUACCCCAGUCGAACAGCUCCUGGAACCCUACAAUAGAUACGACUCCGUCCUGCGGAAGGUGUUUGCUCAGGAACCGUGUCAUCCUGCUCUGGAAGACGGUCUUCUCAACGUCGUGCCUCUCUUCGAUGAGACGGGCUCAGCGGAUGUUCGUGUUCGCGCAAGGGACUUGGAGUCGGAACCACCGGAGCUUAAAGAGAAGUAUAUCAUGCAGUUGAAGGAUGACCAGCGCAGACCCAAUGGCUCCCCCGCUGUGGUUUCUACCAUUAAGGAGUUCCAGACGAACUUCAACCUGUUCUCUGAAACGUCCCUGAUUGAUCUUGACUGGAACAAUGUUGUUGCCGCUGGCAGUGCCGUCGUGACUUCUCUCAUGCCUGUUCCGGAGGAAUACAAUGGCUCCAAGCGUGGACUCCGCCAAUACUACCACGAGAAGUUUGCUCCUGCGUCCGACGUUGAUCUGUUUCUCUACGGCUUGACCGAGGAGCAGGCCGUGGAGAAGAUCAAACAGAUUGAGACGAAAAUGAAGGGUUCUAUCCUCGCAGAGACGACUUCUGUGCGUACCAAGAAUGCUAUUACCAUCGUGUCACAGUAUCCCACGCGCCAUGUGCAGAUCGUCCUCCGCAUCUACAGAUCCAUUGCGGAGAUCCUGACUGGUUUCGAUGUCGAUUGCUCCUGCGCGGCGUACGACGGUCGCCAGGUCUACGCCGCGCCUCGCGCGUUGGCGUCGUAUAUCACGCAGGUUAACCGCAUCGAUUUGUCUAGGCGUUCUCCGUCAUAUGAGAAUCGCCUUUCCAAGUACUCCCAUCGUGGGUUCGAGGUCUUCUGGCCGCAGCUUGAUCGUUCCAAAAUUGAUCCGACCAUAUUUGAGCGCAGUUUCACACGGGUGGUUGGACUGGCCCGUCUUUUAAUUCUUGAAAGAUUGCCACGCCCUGCCGAUCGCGAUUUGUACCUCGAGAAGAGGCGGACAGAGCGUGGCCGGCCGGCUAAGCCGUGGCGUGAACGUUCAAGGCUCCUCCGUGGAAAUAUUAAGAAUGAUUGGGAUGAUGAAGUUCCCGAUUGGCUGGAGGACGAUAUCUCUGAUUAUCACACCUUUACCAUUCCAUAUGGACCGAGAUUUCAUGCGAAAAAGAUAGAAAAGCUCAUGUAUACGAAGGAUCUUUUGCUAAACGCCGAAUGGAAUAAGCCCAAAGAUCGGGAAGUCAAUCUUCAUCGACACCCUGCAUUCUUUGGGGACGUGGAAGACAUCAUUGAUGAUUGCUGUGGCCAGUGUCCCCAGCCCGUUGCUGAAGACGAGAUACAAAUCGCCGAGGAAGAGUCUAAGAUAUAUGUCUCGGGCGACGUCUCCUUCAUAAAGGAUAACCCCGGCCGCCAGGCAAUUGGCAGUUUCAAUCCGAUCACAGAAACUGAUUGGACAGAAAUGGCCUACGUUGGAAACACUGAACGCCUUUGCCAAGCUAUUGUUGAGCAUGAUCUCCAGACAGUGAGGGACUGGCUCAACAGGGAAGAUGCAGAUCCCAACCGUCGAGACUAUACCGGAAGAACCCCGCUACAUUUGGCAGUGAUGGCCUCAACUCCCGAGAUUGUCCAGUGCCUUGUCGAUCAUGGUGCUCGCUUAAUUGCUCGCCUGGCAGAUGGGAGGACUGCGCUUCAUAUUGCUGCGGCCAAUGGCAACGUUGAAAUCGUGAGAAUACUGCUCACGAAAAGCGGAGAGAAUGAAGCAGAAGAAGAGAAGAAAAAGGAAGCUGAGGCUGCAAGGCGAAGAUUCCCCAAACUAGAUAACAAGGGAAAUGGGGAAGAUGGGGAAGAUGUGGAGAUGCUAAGCUAUCCUUCUAGCGAAGCUGAGCAGGGUUCUUAUGCCACCGGGUCUUUUGUCAACGUCCGGAAUGAGCCAAAUAAGGAUUCGAGCAAUCAUGACACCGAAGAAAGCAACGAACUCGAUCCAGAUAUAUACGAUAUCAAUGUUCUGGCGUGGGACAGUCGCGCAUCCCCCUUGCAUCUUGCCAUCCUCAACGGCCAUGUGGAUGUAGUUGAAGAACUUGUAUCUUCGUUUGGUGCCGAUCCAUUGCUUCCAAUCAAGCUCGUUAAUAACUAUAAUAGUUCCCCCCGUGCUGCUAUUCUUACACUCGUUCUAGCGCUCCGGCCACCACUCGAAACGGCCAAGGCGAUGACUGCGAAACUGCUACAGCUCGGAGCCUCCGCCGCCCAAGCGGAUCUGAAAAUGUACACACCAUUGCACUAUCUCUCUGGCUCCACUGCUCAUACGGAAAUUUUUGACAUCCUCUUGAAUCAUGACAAAGCUGCUGUCAAGAGGGCAAUUAACCAUCUAGCAGGAGAUGUCUAUUCUUGGAAUUCAACUUUUUAUUCUGCGUUGACAAUAGCAAUUUACGUGGGGAACAGUACCGGUGCCUCCAAGCUCCUUGACUUUGGCGCAAAUACAGAGAUUAGCUUGGCCGACUACAUAAAGUCUCUCUCACUACCAACUGACAGCCGACACCGAUACUGGUACCCACUGUCAGCGGAGAACAAGGAACAAAAGUUCCGGAAAAAUGUUCCCCAGCCUGUUAUCUUUGCAGUGAGUAUGGAGCUGCCAUUGGUAGCCCUGCAACUUCUCGACAAGGGCGCAGAUCCAAACACCUUGGCUGUACAGGAGGGCUCCUGGACUGGAGAAUUUAAGGCGUCUCUUUUGGACAAAGUCCGAUCGAAGAUCGAUAAAUUACGCAAAUAUGAUGGACAGGAAGUCCACUUAAACCAUCCUGAACGCCUGGAAUUGGAUGACGGCCUUUAUCUUGGUGGCUGCAAGGAGGGGUCAUAUAAAUACUUCUACGUGAAAGAGCAAUUGACCCAGAAACGGAAGCAGUAUGAGAGCACCAAAAGGGGGGAUGAUGAAAACGUCGCAGCUUUGGAAAAGCGGGAGGGCUUGGUUGAAAAACAGGCUGCCAUUGAUGCUCUUCUUCUUGACUUCGAGAAACUCGAGGCCGCAUUGGUGGAAAGGGGUGCGAAGACGUUCGAGGAACUCUUUCCCGAGUCAAAAGCUGCCAUGCCUCCCAUCCCUCAAGCGUCAAGUGGGAAUUCCCAGGAGCCGAAGCCGAAACCCUUUAAGAUACCGUUCAACUUUGGACAGCUGAGUCUUACGGAGGAACAAGAGAAUGGAUAUUUGAGAUUGUUUGAGGCAGCAUGGAGCGGUGACAUUGAUACCAUCAAGGAACUUACUCUGGCAGUAUGGGGUCCAGAGAAUGACCAAACUCCACUCAAAAUUGCCAUAAGGGAUGGCCUGCACCUGUCCCCAUUUGCCGUGGCAGUCCUGCGUGGGCAUAGGGCCGCGGCAAAGGUGAUCCUUGAUAUUGCUCGGGCUCAACACAAGCCCAAGACUCCUGAGCAAAGAUUUGUGAUGAUGGAAGACAUUGAUGAUGACAAUGACGUCCAGCUUUACAGUGAAAUUGUCGACGAUAAAUUUACCAUCGAGAACAUCGGUGAAAUAGCCACGAAGGUCGAAAGCGACGUCUCAGCGCUCGACUACUUCGGAUGGUGGUGUCCAGCAUAUCUCUUUGCUGAUAGAGAAACGGGUAAGAAGGACGCAAGUUAUCUCUUAACAUAUGCAAUAGCCGCGGAUGAUGUCGAUCUGCUCUCGUUCUUGCUGGACCUGGGACAGGAUGUUGUCAUGAAGGAUGCCAAAACUCGAACACCGACUGUUUAUCAAGUACCACAUCAUGCAUUCAAACUAGCUAUCAAGCUAGGGCGUUUGGGUUGUCUUUCAGAGAUCAUCAAACGGUCCGCGGCGGGUCUUCCCCUUGACGAACUGGUAGAAUCGAGUGGCGUCGUGGUUAAGGAGAAGCCAAAGUACUACCAAGGACUUUCAAUUCGCGGAAGGAAGCGAGCAGACUGGGCUGCUGCUGGUCGCCAUGAGCAAAAACCACGGAAUGUUAAAUCUUAUCCUCCCCUCCUGAUCUCCGCUUUUCAAGGCAAUAUUAGCAGCGUUGAAUGGUUCCUUGGCACUGCACCAGAAAGACAUUACAUGGAAUUUGUCGAGACUCACAAGAACGACAAGCGAGUAGAAAGGCUUUCUCAGUCCAAACAGGGCAUCGAAAGAUGUAUUACGAGCUGGCUUCAUUUGCGAGAGAACCUCGUGCUCCACUGUGCCGUACUCUCAACGGAAACGGAAGAAUGCGGACACCUCAUCAGAUAUCUUGUAAAGCAUGCUCCGGAAUGCCUAGAGACCAGGUCGGCUGAAGGAUAUACUCCCCUAGCACUUGCUUUCUCCCUGCAACGCCCGAUGUUUGCCAGGAUUUUAGUCGACUCCGGUGCCAACCAGACUGUUCGUGACUUGAAAGGGAAUAACAUUCUUCACUUGCUCCUGUGUGAUAUCAACGGUCAAGCUUGUAUGGAGACAAAGUAUCUGCAAAGACUCCUUGACCUCAUUGACCCGCUGCUCAUGCCUUCUCUCUUAACUGAGCGCUCCUCGGACGAACCGGGUUCUUUGACGCCACUUUCCCGUUGGAUACAUAAGGCAAAUUCCAACAUGAACUACCGUGUUCGUACCCAUAGAUACUUUUCCAGGCAUGAUAGAUACUUGGAGACGGACAAUAAAGUGGCCGUUUUACGGCUUAUUAUAGAUUUCGCUGAACCUACAGGACAAAAACAUCUGGAGCUCCUGGAUGCUGCAGGAAAUACUCCUGUGCAUGAUAUCAUCCGCUAUCAGCUUCCAAAAUCGCUGGAACUGGCUCUUGACCGCCGGCCGGAUUUGCUACACCGCGAGAAUGCGACAGGAUGUACCCCGCUGGAACUUGCAGUGGAUGCAUGGAUCAACGAGGGCACAUGCAACCCUCCCAACCUCCCAGGGUCCGAUAUGCAUCAUGCUCCCGAGAUGAAUACAGGCAUUGUCAGACGUGCGCCUUCACUUUUUGUGCAAAAAAAUUCAUCUGUCGACGAAGAGAGGAGCGAGAGAACCAAGAUUUGUGAUUUAUGCCGUCAGAGGGCCAAUACUAGACCGGAUCUGAAGAGGAAGCUGGUCAGUUUAUAUGAGGUAAAUGAGGUAGCGAAACGAUUGGCUUCGAUGCAGGUUGUUGACCAGGCCUAUGAGCGAGUGCGCCACCGGCGCAUGUGGUACGGAGACGAGGACGACGAUGAUGCCGCUGAUGAGGUGGCUCUGUGGUACGGGAAGUCCCCUUAAGCUCUUAGGAGUGUUUUAUUGACCAGCCUGACAUAUGGCUGUCGAAUGGAUCUUCCAUUGAGCCGUCAAGAAUGGCUUUAUCUUUUUUUUUUUUUUUUUCUUUCUGGUCUGGGUAUAUAUCGUCUUAAGUACAUCAUGCAGAACUUUUGUUUAACCGUCAUUUCUUGAUCAUAGUCAACACAAGUAUUUAUAACACGCAAUGUGAACAACCUUAAAAUCAUGUCACAACGGCUAAACAGCUCCUCACUGGGAUAUUCCCCGUCUUUCCCAUCUCUGGAAACCCAUCGACAUUGACUCCUUUUCGGAACAGCAGACAAUGUGUGGAACCGCCGAAAUGAAACAUGCCUAGUUGAUCACCUUUCUUCACCUUCUGUCCUUGUCUGACGGUGAUAUCACACGUUGAGACCUCAGCCAUGCCAAUGCCUACAAAUACCAUGAGUCCAAUGGCAGGGUUAUCAGCUUCGAUGAAGAUCAAAGCCCGGGUCGCUGCAGCAGAGAGAUAGCCCUGACUUGUCACUUCGGACGCAACGUCGAUAUCAUGGGGUCCUUGUGGAUCCGCAAGACUCUCAAACAGCGGCUCUGAGUAGUAUGUACCGGGGACGACAUAGGCUUUGACAAUCUUGCCUGUCACAGGCGAAUGCCACCGGUGAUAGCUCAAGGCGCUGAGAAAGGCCUGGUAGAUUGUGCCCCCGACGAACUCGGGAGAAUAUUCAUCACGAUGCAGUAUGUCCAGGACAGAAUAUGGCUGACUCUUGGCCCAGAACUGAUCGCGGGCUUUCACAUCCCUCUCGAGGCGAAAUGGCUGGCUCUCGCACGCAUUGGCAAUCACCCUAUCAUCGUCCGGUGCCGCGACGGGCCUCACUCCCUCGCGGAAUUGUCUCGUGAAGAAAUCGUCCCACGACUUGAAUCCGUGAUGCUUGUCCGUGGGAUCACAGAUGAACAUCUCAUCGAACGCAUACGAAGACCUUCCUGCGUUCGCGACGGUGGUGAGAUCGUCCAACGCCGACUCCCCGAACCAUGACCCAGCACCGCUGGACGGGUCAAGCACGCUCGCAGACGCAGGGGAACGCAAAAAGUCACCCCAGGCAUCCAAUAUUCUCUGCAGAACAGCAUUAAUAUCUGGGUCCAGAAACGCUGCAUACCCGCUCGCCGUGCCCAUGGGAUAGUCCAAUACCGCGUUAAUCGGAAGCCCAAUCAGCCCGAAUUUGCCGGGCGUCUCGUUAAACGUCGGCGCGGAGCUGAUCAAAUGGUUGAACACCUGCAGCAUAUGCUCCGGAUCACGGAUCAUGGGGUGUCUCAUCGGAUCGUCGCAGUAGGGGGCCUUCCGGGGCACUUCCUGGAACAUGGAUGUAAUGAGCAUGUAGGCUCGUGCGUUUGUGUCGAGGAGGUUACGGAAUUCUUCGAGGACCGGGUGUAGGUCUUCGGGGGUUUGGUCGGUUUUUAUGAUGACCUUUUUCAGCCAGUCGUGGUAGACUUCGGGGUUUUGGGGCAUCCAUUUUCCUUCUCUUUCUGCUUGUUAGUUGUGUCCUCUCGCCAUGUAUGCAUGUUAUGUAUAUGAUGGACGGACGGGCGGCGUACUUGGAAAAUCGGGGUGUCCAAUGCUUGUGUUUCGUAGCCAUUUGUUCGUCUCUUUGGUUACUUUUUUGCUUUGCUAUUACUGUUGGUGAAAAUAUCAAUGAUACUGUUGAACCUGGCUUACAAGCGUGGCAGGACGUUGCUUUUGUUCAUAGAUGAGUUCCCCAGUUACAUCAUGGUGACGCUGGAAGGAGGACUUCCUGAAGCAGCCUCAAAUAAAAUUCGAUGGAUAUAAUUAAUUAUUUUCUGCUUGGAAUUGACAGCUUGUACCUGUGUGUCUUCGUGGCGUUGUUUUGGUCUUCAUGAUGUCACACUGUCAAAGCCCAAGUCUAUGGAGAAUUGGACGCUUUACGGUCAUGGAAUAAAAGAACACGCCGUUG